AUGAUUGAGAAAAUAAAAUUUUUUCAACAAUCUGCAAUUGAAAAUCUUGAAGGAGAGAAAGAAAAUUCAACACGGGUUAUGUAUUUUAAGCCAUUAUACGAUAUUAUAAAAAGUAAAUUGGAAACAACUUUUGUGGAUCAAGAUACUAACAUUUUAAUUGAAGAAUGUUGUAAUGAAGAAGUUAGUGAAGCUUCAAUAAAAAAGUUUAAGGCAUUAUUGGCAAAAUUAUUUUUUGAUCUUCAAAUAGAUGAAAUAGUUGGUAGAAAAUUAAACAAAUACAAGAUAUUCAUCAACAUAAUGGAAAUUUUGCUUCUUGGAAAGAGUAGAAAAUUUGUUCAACAUCAUCAAUUAAGAUCAUGCAUAACUAGUAAAAAGGCUUAUAAGAGAGUAGUAGAAAAAUAUUCUACUUGUCAAUGGAUCAAAUAUUCAUUCGAUGAUCUUGAAAAAUUUAUUGCAAUUGAAGAAAAUAUUAAAAAAAUUGAUGAAAAUUUAGAAAAAGAAUUUUCAAUAAAAUACAACAUUGGAAAAGAGAAAAUAAGAGAAAUAUUUGAUAUGGUAUUUAAGUAUUACCAACAGAAAAGUGAAAAAGAAAAUACCAUUUCACUUUGCGAAAAUUCAAACGAUAUUAAUAUGUUGUUAGAAGAUCUUGGUUUGACCAAAAUGAUUUUGCCAGAAAAAAUUUCAAUUGAUGAAGUGAGCAAAAAGAAGAUUGUUAUGGUGAAAAGAGAAGGAUUAUUUUAUUUAUAUUUCAAGGAAAAUAAAUAUAAAGAAUAUACGUGUCCAAAAGAAGCAUUGUACAAGCUUAUGCUACUUUCAUCUGUAACAAGAGCAGAAAGUUGCUUGUCAUUUGCAAAAAUAAUGUCUCUUUUUGGACUUGUUUACAAUGCAGAUGAAUCAAAAUUUCUUGGACCAAAAUUGAAGUACCAUGAUAAAUCUGUACAGAUUUACAAGAAAAUUAAAAGCAGUUUAAAUAUUUGA